AAAAUGAAGAAGCUUGGCCAACCUGGGGAGUACAACAACUGUGCAGCUCAGAUCGGGACAGUAAAACGGACUAUGUUGUUUUUGUGGCUCCAGUGUCCAAUGUAACUGGGACGCUUAAAGCCCCAGGAGCGAAGCUGAGCUCACUAAGUACGUGGGACGUCCCAGGAGUGACUGCCAGCCCCCUAAAUCACAACUGCCAAGGCAGCGGACAGCCGGCGACUGUUCCAUUGCUGGGGUUGCUUAAAAGGAUUUCUUGGAGUUGGGAAUUCAUUGAAUGUCCCGGAACACUGUGGCGGUUGAUCCUGGACUGAGAGCAACGGCCGGAUCCCCGCCUUUCCCCCGCAACAUGCCUUAGCCAUCCGAGCACAAGUCAGGAUGAUGGCCUCGGCCGUAGCCGGCAGCGACCGCAGGAAGUCGCUGACGCUGCGAGGAGUGGACCCAGAGACGUGCAUGAUUGUGUUUAAGAAUCACUGGGCGCAGGUAGUGAAGAUCUUAGAGAAACAUGAGCCAGGGCGCGGCGGCACCAGCGCACUGAGUUUCCUCUCAGGUCACACUGGAAGCAGCGGCGCCCGCCUCGGGUCCAUCCCGGCCGAUGAGGCCAGUGCUGUUCAGAACUACGUGGAACACAUGCUGUUCCUGCUCAUGCAGGAGGAGGCAGGACAAGGAGGAGCAAUGGGUCCCAUUUUGGAGUUUGUGGUUCUGGAGGGUGUGAUGGAGCGCCUUUUCCUGUGGAGCUUGAGGCGACAGUUCACCGAGGACAUGAAACUGGAGCAGCUCAGGAUGUACCAGAUGCUCCUGACCCAGGCCCAGCAGCCCCUCCUGCACCACAAGCCACUGCUGCGGCCGCUCAUGACACUGCUGGCCUCCUGUGGCGGCGCUGGCGCAGACGCAGGCGGCUGCGUAGAGGCAGAGCUGGUCCUCCUGUUGAACCAGCUGUGCGCGGCUCUGGUGAAGGACCCCUCAGUGUUGGAAUUGUUCUUCCACACCAGCGAGGAUCAGGGCGCCGCCAACUUCCUGCUCUUCUCCCUGCUCAUCCCGUACACACACAGACAAGGUCCGGUAGGUCAGCAGGCCCGAGAAGCUCUUCUGCUCAUCAUGUCGCUUUCGGCCUCGGAACCUCGCGUGGCCCAGCAUAUUGCCCAGAACACGUACUUCUGCCCUGUUCUGGCCACAGGUCUUUCUGGUCUCUACUCCUCUCUGCCAGCUAGGUUGCAGGUUUACAGCGAAGACUGGCACUGUCUGGACCAACCCGACUGGCAACAGGUUCCGGCUCUUGUCCACUUCCUGCACUCGCUGGGCUUCUGCAGCGCCGUCACCAGCGUAACUCAUCCUUCUAUCCGCUCCCAGCUGCUGAGUUACAUCCACAAUGGGUUCCUGGUGCCUGUGCUCGCCCCUGCUCUCCAUAAGCUGACUGUGGAGGAGGUCAUGACAACUACAGCUUACCUGGACUUGUUCUUACGCUCCAUCACUGAGCCUGCACUCCUGCAGACCUUCCUGUCCUUCAUACUGCUGCACACUCACGACAACGUGCAUAUCCUGGACACGUUGGUCAGCAGAGUCAACACACCUUUUCAGCUAGGCACGGUGUCGCUGGCUCUAUUCAGGACGCUCAUCAGUCUCUUCUGCGAGGACGUCAUGCUGCAGCUCGUUUUCAGGUCAGCUCGAUGGUUCUUAAUUGCUUGCACCCACCUGAGCAGGAAGCAGUGGUCCUCAUUAAAGCACAAGGCCUGGUGCUCCACGAGUGCCGCCUCCUUCCUGCUCCUCAUGCCCUCUUGGUGCCCCGUCCACCUGCCGAACAGAAAUGGAGCCUCAGAACACAUCCACUGGCCCAAAGGAGCAGAUGUGUCAGUGGCUGAAAGCAUUGGUUAUUGGCGAGGCUCAGACUUCCGAAUGGAAGUCAACUACCUCCAUUACCUCUCAGAUGCCCGACAAGCCAUCGGCGCCUCGAAAAGGGCGUGUCGGCACUGGUCGGCGCCUUAUGACGGACACAAUCCGCCACCUGUCCAAGAACAACCUCUCACAUUGAAUGGAUCAAAUGAGGAUAACAUGGAACGGCAACCAAAAAGUGACUCUGUUGGUGCCUCCCCGACCUCUUGCUCCAUGGACGUUGUCUCCAAGAGUAACCAGGCAGGAAGAACCAGCUCUGCUCUAGAGCUUGAGUGGGAUGACCUUUUUGCGGAUGAGGAUCUAUCGUCUUCAUUUGGUGGCUCUUUUGCACCUCUACCACCCUUACCCCCUCGCCACAUCCAAGAGAUGCGACGCAGCGCCAUCAAGCUGGUGCACGGCGCCUAUGUGGAAGAGGGUGAAUUUGAGAAGGAUGUUCUGGUCUAUGAUCUGGUCGCCCAAAAAGAUGCCACUGCUGCUAUUUUGGAACGAAUGAUGGCAGCCAAUCGAGGACCACGUGGAGACGGCGUCUCCUCUGUGACAACAGGAAGGACAAUACAUGAAACCGUUAACUGCAUUAUGUCAUCACGGAGGACGAGUGAGGAAGGAGGAAAGGAGGAAAUAAGGGGUGAGGACCAUGGAAACAAAUCGAGGCAAAGCGAGGACAUCAGUGAUUGCGUUACUGACAUUUGUAAUGCAGACUGCAUCCCGGACGCACAAAAUCACACUUCACUCAACGGUCAUUCAUUGAUGACAAACACAGACUCCACAUGUCACAACAAAGUUCCUGGUAACAACGGCAACUUCCUGUCCCAGUACCAUGAGCUAAUGCGCUCUUUAGGGGCAGAGCCGGAGUGCGACAGCAUACUGGAUGACAUUUCCACCUUUAGGAGGCGGAUUCAAGAACUGAAGCAAAGACUGAUAGAGGAAGAUUGUGAAGAUGGAAAGGAAACGGUUGAGGAGCUGUUGGAGGAGGAGGAAGAAGAAGAUGGAGCGAGGCAGAGUGUUCCAUUUACAGGGCCCUUUAUCAGUGUCCUUCUGUCCCGUCUGGAGAAUCUACUGGAGAACUCUAUCGCCGUCAACCUGCUGGUGACAGGCAUCCUCGCUCAGCUAGCGUCGUACCCGCAACCUCUGUUGACAGUGUUCCUGCUUGACACAGAAACACACCAACAGGCUGGUGUGUGUACACUGCACCAGGUAACAUGCACUCAUGGUGCAUGUCAAAUGACCUGAUUAUGACCCGACUUG